AUGCAACACGUGAAACAAGCAACCAAUGAACUUGUCCUAUCUGACCAACAACUACUUUUUAUUGGAAAAACAUUUGCCCACCAACUCGAUUUUGCGCUGAAUGGCUGCGCCGGCCAAACGUUGCAAGUGUUUCCCACUUUUAUCGACCAAAUUCCCCAAGGCACUGAACGCGGACACUUUUUGGCCUUGGAUCUUGGUGGCACCAACUUUAGAGUCUUGUACAUCCGCCUUGAAGGAGACCGCCAAAGUUGGCUCAUUAACCAAACGUACUCGGUGUCCCAGCAGCUCAUGAAAGGUCGUGGUGAAGAUCUUUUUGACUACAUUGCCUCUUGCUUGUUCAACUUUGUCAAGGAGAAUGGGCUUUUAAAUAUCAAGCUAAAGCUAGGCUUUACUUUUUCCUUUCCCUGCAAGCAAACGAGUCGGAACCAGGCAGUGCUCACUCAUUGGACGAAAAAUUUUCAGGUUUCAGGAGUGGUGAGUCGCGACAUUGGCGAGAUGCUGAAGUGCUCCAUUGCAAAGUACGAAAAUCUCGACAUCGAGGUAGCCGCCAUUCUGAACGACACCACCGGUACUCUUAUCUCGUGUGCCUACCAGGAGCCAGACUGUCGAAUGGGCGUUAUUAUCGGUACUGGUGUCAACAUUUGCUACAUGGAAUCGCACUGCCUGGACAAGGAAAUGAUCAUCAACACUGAAAUUGGCGCGUUCGGAAGUGCCAACCAUUGUCUCGAUUUUAUCCGCACUCGCUGGGACAAGCAGUUGGAUGAGGGCUCGCUCAAUGUUGGCCAGCAACUGUUUGAGAAGAUGGUCUCGGGCAUGUACCUGGGCGAAAUAGUGCGCACCAUUGUCGUUGACCUAAUGAAAGCUGGCAUUCUCAGCUCGCAAGUUUUUGGCGCCUUUACAGCUCGCAACUCAUUUACCACCUCAAACAUAUCCUGCAUUGAGCUGGACUCGCCCACCUCUGCCUCCUUCACUCACACCAAGUCGGUGUUUGAGUCGAUGCAAAUCAGCCAGGCAAGCGUCGAUGACUGCGCCAGUCUGCACCUAAUUUGCUCUCGAGUCUCUGCACGCUCUGCUCAUCUCGUGUCGGCCGUCAUCGCUGCCCUCCUAAACCGAAUGGCUCGUCGUCAAACGGUCAUUGGGGUGGAUGGCUCGGUGUACCGCUGCCACCCCCACUACAAGACCAUUGUCAAUGAUAAAGUGGGAACACUGCUGCCGCUGUACGACAGCGACGACAACUCUGCCCUGGUGAAACACUUUCGUCUGAUGCUCUCCGAGGAUGGCAGUGGGCGUGGAGCUGCACUCAUUGCCUCCCUCUCUGCUCGUCCCACUUACCAGGGCGUCCAGUGCGAGGACUGCAGCCGCCUGGGUCAAAUUGAGUGCCCGACGUGCGUGGCGACCGCUUAA